UCUUUCCCUUUAAGUGCAGCCUUACUUAGUAAGCAUGAGGAAGCGUGUCUCCCUAACUGAAAGUGAAACUUCUGUCAUAAGGCUCUGGUACAUUUCUGCAACAAGAUGGAGUCUGAGAAAGUGAUCGAAGUGGCGACUCUGGGCCGACCGUUCAGACUCGGGAUGCUGUACGACUGCCGCCAGGAUGCAAUCAUUCCUGGAUUAACACUCUGGGACUGUGAUGACUUGGAAAAAUACAAAAGUGAAACCCCACAACGAAACAGUAACUUUGAGAUAGUUGCUUCUGAAUCUAUUCAGGACAAAUCUUCAGCCCUGGAUGUUGAAGCAUCUUUGAAAGCAAGUUUUUUAGGCGGCCUAGUUAAAGUUGAAGGAUCGGCCGAAUACCUCAAUGAUCAGAUGACGUCCAAAAAUCAAGCCAGAGUAACACUGCAGUACAAAGCUACCACAAAGUUCCAAGAAUUAUCAAUGAAUCAUCUUGGAAGAGGCAACAUGAAGCAUCCAGAUGUUUUUGAGAAAAAAAUAGCAACACAUGUGGUCACAGGCAUUCUGUAUGGAGCUCAAGCAUUUUUUGUUUUUGACCAAGAAAAAUCUGAGACAGAAAAUCACCAAGACAUUCGGGGCAACUUGAAAGUUUUGAUUGAGAAGAUUCCAAAGCUAUCUAUUGAUGGUGAAGGUUCCUUACACCUGGAAGAUAAGGACAAGGAAAAAAUCCAGAAAUUCUCCUGUAAGUUUUAUGGAGACUUCCUCCUUGAGAAAACUCCAACAACCUUCCAGGAUGCAGUAGCAGUCUACCAAAGCCUGCCCAAGCUGCUGGGAGCCAGUGGAGAAAAUGCCGUACCAAUCAAGGUCAGGAUGCUGCCUCUGACUAACUUAGAUUCUUCUGCAGCUAAACUUGUCCGUGAAAUAAGUGUUAGGUUAGUUCAAGAAGUACAAAGUGUCCUGGAGGAGCUCAGUGACCUGGAAAUAAGGAGCAAUGAUGCAAUGAAAAACAAUACAACACAGCAGUUUCCACAGAUUAACAAAAAACUUAAAAGUUUUAAAAGUUUGUGCUCUGAGUUCAGGCUUGAAUUUCAACAAACGCUAUCAAAGAAGCUCCCAUCAAUCCGAGGAGGAGGAGAAGAAGAGUCUGAACUUGCAGAUGUCUUGAAGAAGAUUCAUUCCUCACCUUUCAACAGCAAAAACCUCAAUGACUGGAUUGACUGCAAAGAGAGAGAAAUAUAUGCUCUGAACUCUUACAUCAGGAUGAUGAAGAACACCAAAAUCAAAACAUCUCUGACUAUCCUAGAUGAAGAACUUCUCAAUGCAGAGCAUGCUGUGUGUUUUGUCUUCAGCUCACUGGAAAGAGAUGAGCCAUACCUCUCUGCUUUGCUGAACUACUUAGAAGACAAAACCAAGUCAGACGAUUCACACAGUUAUGAUAUUGAGAAGGAACAAUGGUAUCUCUCAAACAACCUGAAAGAUGAAAUGAGAACAAAGGUAAAACUCUUCAGUGACUUUGCAGAGGCCAACACUGAGACCAAGAACACAACAUUCCUGGCAGUAGGUCUAACAGAUGAGAAACAUGAAGGUUCAACCAUCUACCUUUAUAAAGACGGAGUUCUUAUCAAUGAGAACUUUGAGCCUCCUUCAAUGCCUGAAACUGUGACAGCUGCUGAGAUAAACCACAGCAGUGUGACUCUGAAGGUUUCUCCUCCCAGGUUUGGAGCAGAGAGCGUCACAUCCUACUCUGUUGAGUUCUGCGUCAGUGGACAAGAUGGAUGGAAACAACAGAAUGAACCAAAAUCUUCAGAAAUCACAGUGACCCAACUGCAGCCAAACACAGAGUACGUGUUCAGAUGCAGAGCUGUGACCUCAGCAGGUGUUGGACCGGCCAAUGUCAUCAAUGAUCCCAUUAAAACUUUACCCUGCAGUCCUGCUGGAGAACCUCAAUGUGAACCAAACUCUUCUGAGAUAUCAGUGAGUUGGGAGAAACCUGCUGAGCUCGGACCAGAUGUUCAGAUCCUGAGCUACAUUGUGGAAUACGCAAAGGUAGAAGAUCUCAGCUGGAACCAAACAAGGUCAAAAGGUGAAAAGGCCAUCAUUUCAGAACUUCAGUCAGAAACACAAUAUUCAGUCAGGAUCACAUGUGACUGUGGUGAGGCUGGAAGGAGCAAGGAAAGCAAGACUGUUCAGGUUCAUACAACAAAGCCAAACUGGUUUUUUGGUGCUGUUACAUCAAAAAUCAUAAAUUUGUUUAAACAAAAGCCGAAGAGGCUUUCUGAUGCUGAUAAAGAAUCAGAAAGCUUUGACAUCACCAGGCUUUCUGAUGCUGUUAAAGAAUCAGAAAGCUUUGACAUCACCAGGCUUUCUGAUGCUGUUAAAGCUCAGAGCACAAAGCUGAAGCCACAGAAAGGACCGCUGCCUGUUUAUAGAGUUCCUCUGAAGGAGGAGAACAACAAAAUAAAGGGAUGCAGGUUCUUCAGGUUUGGAGAACUCAGCAAAGUUGCUCCCAAACAAAGUCGUACCAUCAUGGUUCUUGGAGCCACAGGUGCUGGGAAGUCAACUCUCAUCAAUGGGAUGAUAAAUUACAUUCUAGGUGUUAAAUGGUCAGACUCAUAUAGGUUCAACUUAGUGGACGAUGGUCAAACAAAAUCCCAAGCUCACAGUCAGACCUCUGAGGUCACUGUGUACAAACUCAACCACAGGGAGGAAUUUGAGGUUCCCUUCUCUCUGACCAUCAUAGACACUCCAGGCUUUGGAGACACCAGAGGAAUAGACAGAGACAGGGAGAUCACAGAGCAGCUCCGUAACCUCUUCACUAGUAAAGACGGGGUCAGUGAGAUUGAUGCUGUGUGUUUCGUAGCUCAGGCAGCUUUAGCUCGUCUCACACCAACACAGAAAUAUGUCUUUGAUUCCAUUCUCUCCAUCUUUGGCAAAGAUAUAGCAGAAAACAUCAGGAUCCUGGUGACAUUUGCAGAUGGUCAGAAGCCUCCAGUUCUAGAAGCCAUCAAAGCUGCAGACGUACCAAGUCCGAAAGGGAAAGAUGGUCUUCCAGUUCACUUCAAAUUUAACAACUCUGCUCUGUUUGCUGAUAAUAAAUCCUCUGCAGCAGACACUCAGAGUGGAGAUGAUGAUGAUGAUGGAAACUUUGAUCAGAUGUUUUGGAACAUGGGAACAAAAAGCAUGAAAAGGUUUUUUGCUGCUCUAAAUCAGAUAGAAACCAAAAGUUUGACACUGACAAAUGAGGUCCUGAGAGAAAGAAAACAGCUGGAGGUUUCAGUUGAGAAUCUGCAGGUUCAGGUUAAACUUGGUUUGGCCAAAAUGGAAGAGAUCAGAGAGACGGGAGAAAAAAUCAAAGAGCAUGAAGCUGAGAUCAGUAGAAAUGACAACUUUGAGUUUGAGGUCACUGUGAAAAAACCAAUACAAGUUAGUAUCUCAGGUACUGGUAAAUUCAUUACCAACUGUCAGCAGUGCAGUGUCACCUGUCAUUAUCCUUGUGGAAUAUCAAAUGAUGCUAAUAAAAGAGGAUGUGUGGCAAUAGAUGGAAAUGGAUACUGCACUCAGUGUCCAGGGAAAUGUUACUGGAACGUUCAUUACAACCAAAAGUACAAGUGGGAAUACAAAGAUGUUACAGAGAAACGGACAAUCGCAGACCUGAAAGAAAACUUUGAAAAGGCCACAGGGCAGAAGAUGACUGUUGAGGGACUGAUGAGAGAACUAGAGGCUGAAUAUGGUAUCAUGCAGGAUGGGGUGAAUAAAUUAAUAGACAAGUCAGCAAAGUGUCUGAACAGACUGAAGGAGAUAGCACUGAAGCCCAAUCCUCUCACCACUCCAGAGUACAUUGAUAUGCUGAUUGAAGGAGAGAAACAGGAGGCCAAACCAGGCUGGAAACAACGAAUUAAGUCACUGAUGAAGAUAAAACAAAAAGCAGAGCUUGUGACUAAAGUGGAGAAAGGAGAAAAACAUUUCCUCUGAUCAGAGUCGCUUGAUGUGAGGUCUUAAAUCAACAGAUUUCCUCAGAAUCAUUUAGAUUUUAAUUAUUACUACUCUCUUAGCUUUUGUUCAAAGCUAUUUGUUUUGUUUGAAACAGGAAAUAUAAAUCCUUCAUAAAUGAUUUUACCAGCAUCAAAUACAUUUUUCUAAGCUAGUCUGACUCUUAUUACUGAUUUUGACACAUCAGGACAGGAAAAUAUUAAAUCUCUCUGAACUGCACCCCGUGUCGGUGAGCGUACCGAUACAGUUCCUGCGUCGUUUCCAUGUGAACGAGAUAAAUUGUUUUGUCUGUCUGGGAUCAUUUUGAUCUAUUAUUCUGUUAUCAUUUCCACUUUUGAUCAUUUUUCUUUCGGCUUAUUUCAGUUCCUUUUUAUAUGAUAUUUGAAUUAGUUCACAGGGAUUAACUUUUAUUUGUAUUGUAGGUGAAAGUAGGAUGUGCUCCCAGGUCUAACUGUAACCGGAGCUCUUCCAUAAUCUCAAUCUCGUAAUCUGUUGAUGACAAUGACAAAUAAAUCUUAUCUUAUAAUGCUGAGGCAUCAAUGUGUCCAGCAUGACGGGAUGAACCGGUUAACACUCCAGACUUUAUUGAAUUUGCCUGCAGUGACCUUUUAAAUCCAGAAGAUGUCGCUGCAAGUGACAAAGCAACAGUUUCAACACAGUUUGGGAAAUGAGCCCAGUGAGCCUCAUCUGCCAUCACUACUGGUAGAUUCAUGUCAACAUGUUGAAGCUGUUUGGGUCGCAGAAGGCAGGCAUUCUUAUGUGAGGCUUGAUGCUUUUUGGUGUUUUAAUCUCAUUUGCUAAGAUAAUUUUGGGUUCAGUUAUUCCUUUAACAUAAAGUAUUGUAUAUAAUAUUUUUGCUGUAAUUUGAUUUAAAGACCUGCAAACAUUUGUAAAACAUUUCAGGUAGAUGAUCUUUAUGUGACAAAACUUAAGAAUGUGAUUCAAUGUGCUUUUAAGAGUUGUACUAAAAUAAUAAAUGUAAUAAUAAACACAUUAA